CGGAGCCGGGCGUGAGGUAAGGGGGGGGGGGACGGGGCGGGGCGGGAGGGCGCUGAGGGACGGAGCCGGGCCCCUGAGGGCGGCUCCUGAGGGAGCGCGGCCUGAGGCGAGGCGCCCCGCGCGGCGCUCGUGUCCGUGUCCCCCCCCCAGCCUCGUCCCGGAGCCCGGCAGGGAGCCAUGGCCGCCCCGGCGGCGGCCGCGAGGCGCGAGGGGCCGCAGUUCAUCAGCGAGGCGGCCGUGAGGGGCAACGCGGCCGUGCUGGACUACUGCCGCACGUCGGUCUCGGCCCUGUCGGGCGCCACCGCCGGGAUCCUCGGCCUGAGCGGGCUGCACGGCUUCGUCUUCUACUUCCUGGCCUCCGUCCUGCUCUCCGUGCUCCUGGUGCUAAAAGCCGGCCGCCGGUGGAACAAGUACUUCAAGUCGCGACGGCCGCUGUUCACGGGGGGGCUCAUCGGAGGGCUCUUCACCUACGUCCUCUUCUGGACUUUCCUCUACGGCAUGGUGCACGUCUACUGAACGGCUGGGAGCCGCCGCAGCGGCGGGGGUUUGUAACGAAGCGGGAGGACCGUUGCCAAAAGUCACCCCCACACCUCGGCCAGCUCACCUCAAACCGUUGUUCAUCGCUCGUGUCGAUACCGUCAGUAAAUUAUGUCCAAGUACAAAUGAAUCGGUAGUGCUGUGCUAAUUGAACUGAAUGUGAAAGCGCUCGGAUGCCUCCCAUGGAUAUUUGGUGGCUGAUGAACAAUUUCUGUCCUUAAUUGCGGUCACAGCUGCAGAUUCUGAUUACUUUAGUUCCUUGUAUCCUCAGCGUUUGGGAUAAGAAAUACCAGUUAGGGCCCCCCCCCCCCCCAGUUGCUGCCUGCCCGGUUAUAACAGCACUCUAAAAAUAAUCCACUGACACAGGGAAAUGUUUCACAGCAGCGUGUAAUUAACGGUAUGUCAAGGUUUGAUACAGAAAUGUAUUUGAGUUGCUAGUGCAAAUGUUACCUUCCACAGUUGCUGUAUUUACACCUUAUAAAUAAAUGACGUUGUCGUGGAGA